AUGAAUUUAUGGAAGAUGAGAAUUUGAAUAAGUUUAAAGAAAUGUGGGGGAUGGAGGAUUUAAGGAGUGAAAAGGAGAGGUUGAAGAAGAACAUGAACAAUUGGGAUGAACAGGUGCGGAAGUUGCAGAAUAAAUUAGCUGACUUUGGUGAGAAAGUGGAAUUCUUGGAAGAGAAAUUGAAGAGAAAAUGUACUGAAGUGAAUUUGUUGGAAGUGAAAUUGGGUUUAGAAAAGUCUAAACGUAUUAAAGUAAUAGAAGCAUUUGCAAAAACUUCUUCGAUUGAUAGUCUUACAUCUUUGUGGUGCACUUAUGAUCCACAACAUUUAUCAAUGUCUGAUUGGUUUCAACCAUCACAAAAUUCCUUUAAUUCAAUAGAAGACCAAAUAGCAAAGAUGAAAAAGACUAUCAGACUUUUUUUU